AUGCCUUCAGCCCCUACUAUGCCUCUCGUUGGAUUCGGUCUCUGGAAGGUCGACAACGACACAUGCGCCGACACUGUUUACAACGCCAUCAAGGUUGGAUACAGACUUUUUGACGGUGCCUGUGACUACGGCAACGAGGUGGAAGUUGGUCAGGGUGUUGCCCGUGCCAUCAAGGACGGCUUGGUCAAGCGUGAGGAGCUUUUCCUUGUCUCCAAGCUCUGGAACUCGUUCCACGACGCAGACAAGGUUAAGCCCAUCGCCAAGAAGCAACUCGCCGACUUGGGCAUUGACUACUUCGACCUGUACAUUAUUCACUUCCCUGUCGCCCUGAAGUACGUCGACCCUAGCGUUCGCUACCCUCCCAGCUGGACCGACGAGAACGACAAGAUCACCUUCUCCAAGACUCCUCUUUCCGAGACAUACAAGGCUAUGGAGGAGCUGGUUGACGAGGGCCUCGCCAAGAGCAUCGGUAUCUCCAACUACAACGGUGCCCUCAUGCUAGACCUCCUGCGCUAUGCCAGGAUCACCCCUGCUACCCUCCAGAUCGAGCACCACCCUUACCUCACCCAGGAGGGUCUCGUCAACCUUUGCAAGGAGAACAACAUCCACGUUACCGCCUACUCAUCCUUCGGUCCCGCCUCAUUCGUCGAGCUGAAGAUGCAGAGAGCACACGAUACCCCUCUUCUCUUUGACAACGAGACUGUCAAGAAGAUUGCCGACAAGCACAACAAGUCCCCUGGUCAAGUCCUCCUGAGAUGGGCCACCCAGCGCGGCGUUGCCGUCAUUCCCAAGUCCAACAACAAGGAUCGUCUCGCUCAGAACCUCGAUGUCUGUAGCUUCGACCUCGAGAAGGAUGAGAUUGAGGCCAUCAGCGGUCUUAACAGAGGCCUCCGCUUCAACGACCCUGUCAACUAUGGCCUCAACAUCCCCAUCUUUGCUUAA